UCUCCAUUCCAUUACAACAGUAUGCCAGGACUUCUCUUCAUAGUGCUGCUCAUCUCUCUUCUCGCCAAUGGAACAUAUGUUGCCACAGCAUGGGAUGAUGAAGAAUUCUUCAAGAAUUGUUCACCAAGUCGGUGCAGCAAACAUGGACCAGAGGUCCGGUUCCCAUUCAGGCUUGCAACCCAACCUCCACCUUGUGGUGCACCAGGUAUGCAGUUAUCAUGCUCUGGACAGGACACCAUCCUGUAUCACCCAGUUCUUGGCUCCUGCAAAGUGACUGCAAUAUUUUAUAAGGAUCUAGUCAUAAACAUCAGUCCACCUAUAGACACAUCACCUCACUGCCCACUUCAGAUACUCAUCUCAGCAAAUCUAUCAACUGAUGUGUACAAACCUCAAAAGUUGGAUGUUGCAAGCUUAGUAGGUUGUUCAAGAGAUUCUAUACCAAUAGAUCUAUACGGUAUAGUGGGCCCAGUCACUUGUCUUGUUAAUAAGGACAUCCAGUUCUGGUAUUUGGUGAACCCCAACGCAUACAUGUCUGUUCUACCUUUGGAUUGCAUGGUUUUUUCUAAGGAGAUCCCGAUACCAUAUACUAGUCAGAUUCAUCACUCAUACUUCAUAAGGAAGAAGGUCGACAACACUGCAACCUUCGAGUAUAGGGCAAGCCGAAGCAUCAGUAUUGGUGAAACGACAUUUUCUUGGUACUCUAGUAAUAUCACUAGUGUUUGCCAACAGUGCGAAGAAGAAGGUCAAAAAUGUGGAUUUGACUCACAAAGGGAUCAAGCUUUCUGCAAGAGACAUGGUAUGAAGGUCAUCCCAAUUGCAGCAUCAUCUGUAGCUGCAUUUGUAGCUCUUUCAUUGAUGGUAGCCACGACACUCUACCUCUCAUUGAAGUCAAGGUAUCAUGAAGAGAUAAAUAGGAAGGUUGAAAUGUUUCUGAAGGCAUACAGCACAUCGAAACCCACAAGGUACACUUUCCCUGAAGUUAGGAAGAUAGCAAGACGGUUCAAGGAUAAAUUGGGCCAGGGUGGAUUUGGAAGUGUGUACAAAGGCGAGCUACCAAAUGGAGUGCCUGUGGCAGUCAAGAUGCUAGAGGGCUCCGUAGGAGAGGGAGAGGAAUUCAUCAAUGAAGUUGCAACCAUUGGACUAAUCCACCAUACAAAUAUCGUUCAUCUCUUGGGCUUUUGCUCCGAAGGAACUAGACGGGCUCUUAUUUACGAAUUCAUGCCCAAUGAUUCACUCGAGAAAUACAUAUUCACACAUAUUUCCAAUAUUUCUCGACAACUCCUAGCACCAAACAAAAUGAUAGAUAUUGCUUUAGGCAUUGCUCGAGGGAUGGAAUACCUGCACCAAGGCUGCAACCAACGCAUCCUUCACUUUGACAUCAAGCCGCACAACAUCUUGCUGGACUACAACUUCAAUCCGAAGAUAUCAGAUUUUGGUCUUGCAAAGCUGUGUGCAAGGGACCAAAGCAUCGUUACCUUGACUGCAGCCAGAGGUACUAUGGGAUACAUCGCACCAGAGCUAUACUGUCGGAACUUUGGAGGGGUGUCUUACAAGUCAGAUGUGUACAGUUUUGGCAUGCUGGUGUUGGAAAUGGUGAGCGGACGGAGGAACACAGACCCAAGUGUUGAGAGCCAGAAUGAGGUGUACCUCCCGGAGUGGAUUUAUGAGAAAAUAACCACUGAGCAAGAAUGGGAGCUUACUUUGGAAAUGACAGCAGAAGAGAAAGAAAAGAUGAGGCAGCUGACUAUUGUGGCCCUGUGGUGCAUCCAAUGGAACCCAAAGAACCGGCCAUCGAUGACGAAGGUGGUAAACAUGUUAACAGGGAGGUUGCAGAACCUGCAGAUUCCCACCAAGCCCUUCGUGUCAUCUGAAAAUCGCCCUAUGCCGCAAAACAGGGCGAACACAUGAAGACACAUUCUGUUUUUGUGUAGUAUUAUUACAUACACGUUUGAGGGAAUUAAACUCACAUCUGCAGUAAGCUGUAAUAUUAGUACUG